UCAAAAACAAAUAAACAUUAAAAAAAAAAUGAAGUGUAAAUGAAUAUGAAACCUUGCCGGCGGGCAGUUUGGAAACACAUACCAACCCUUUAAGAAUGUUCAUUCCUUUUUACCCAGUAAUUCUACUUCCAGGAAUCCAUCCUAAGGAAACAACCAAGAUGAAUCAUUUUGUUUCCCAACGCACACGUGAAAUGAUAGCAUGUCCAUUAUGAUGCUGUGUUGCGGUUGCGUCAUAAUGUACGUUUAGUACGUGGCAUCAAGUGGGGGCCAGUUCAUGAUAAAACGCUAAACUAAAAGAAGUCCAAAAAAAUAUCUAUAUGAUAUGUACAUACGUAUCGUAACAGACUGUGGUUUCUGUGGGUGGUUGGAUUCUGAUUUUCUCGUCAUCUUUUUCUCUGUUUUUACAAUCAGCACUUAUUAAUUUUAUAAUCAGAAAAAAAACCUCUGUGUCUUUUGGUUUGUGUGUGGUUGAUGCUGUUUCCAAGGCGCGCAGGGCGGCGGGGAUCCCUCGGCAGGAUCUCCUGAAGACGGCCUGCCCGGCCGAGAUAGCCAGGAACGCUAACGGGUCUUCGCCGCCCGGGAGCCGGCGGUUACUAAGCCGCGAGGUGGCGCGGCUCCUCGGAGGAGCGGCGCUGCCCAGAGCGCAAGUUCGAACACCCUCGGGAGGGUGGCGCGGGCGGGGGCAGUCCCCGCAAACAAGUGUCGCCAUGCCGCCAGCGGAGAAAUUCUCCCACAAGGUCUCCUGGGGUGGUUCGUCGCCCAAGCAGCCCAGGGCUUCCGGCCCAGACCGGGACUCCGCUUUCUCACUCACCUCCUCGCUUCCAACCCUCCACUUGCGCUACAACUCUAACCCGGAUGAGUGGGACAAGAGGGCCAUAGGGAGCUACUACGAGUUGUACGCGGCGGCGCUGGGCAACCUGGAAUGGUUGCGGUUCUGUCUGAGUCGGCACCGUGAGGAAAUCCCGGCAGAUGACAAGGGUUUCACUGCCAUCCACUUCGCAGCCCAGAGUGGCAAGCUUGCAUGCCUGAAGGUCUUGGUAGAGGAGUACAAGUUUCCCGUGGACCUGACCACCAACAAUGGCCAGACACCCCUGCACCUGGCCAUCCACAAGGACAACAAGACCAUGAUCCUCCCCUGCAUUCACUACCUGCUUAAGCAAGGGGCGGCCCUUAACAUUCAGACGUGCAAUGGCUCCACACCCCUCCACCUGGCGGCCUGCCAGGGCCUGCUGAAAUGUGUGAAGGUCCUGGUGCAAAAUGGGGCCGAUGUCCAUGCCCGAGAUGCCAUGGGCUGCAAACCCAUCGACUACUGCAAAAUAUGGAAUCACCGCGACUGUGCCAGGUUCUUGAAGGAUGCCAUGUGGAAACGGGACAAGAAGGACUUUGCUUGUGAGAUGGGGAAAUUGAAGACGCUCAAGGACCAGCUGGCCCUCAUGGAACAGGACUACCUGACUGAGUAUCAAAAAGAGCACCAAAUUCUGAGAGAAGCUAAUUUCAAGAAGUGGCUCCACUGCAAGCAGCUGCGCCGAGGCCAAUCCCUGAUCCGGACCGCCAAGCGAGAGCCUUGUAACCCACGCCAGGCUAUGGCCCUCUCCAAGGCCACCAAGUACCAGGGACUGAGGCCUCCCAAGAGCUUCUACCCCUCCCCAGAGGCGCGCCUGCGAGAGACACUGCGGCCCAAGCUGCAGCCCUUGAGGACACACACGCCCAUCUACAUGCAGCCCAUGGUCAGGCGGCCCAAGUCAUGGAAUGUUAGCAACAAUCCUGCCAGAUCACCCACCACCCAGAUCGGCUACACGCAGGGCAUCCGCCUGGGUGUGCAUCCAGACCCCAGCUCAGAGCAUGACUUCCGCAGCUUCCUCAAGGUGAUGUCCGACAGGCACGGUAGUGCCAAACUGUGCACAGUGGCCGGCAACCAGGUGGCACCUGUGCCCCAGCUGCCUUUCGAGGUGAUAGUCCAAGAGCUGUACCCUUCGGUGCGGCCAUACAGGAUGAAAGUGCCCCAGGGCUUUUGCUCUGUCAGCAUGAAGGAUGUGCCCCAGAAGUGGCACUUGGGUGAUAACAACUUCUGGACUGACGCUCUGGCCAUGAACCUGCGCGAGACAUUUGAUGAAGCCUUCCUGGCAGCUGUGCAAGCCCAUCAAAGGCUCCCCACUCGACACUACCUGAAAAGUCCCCCAUAAACUUAUUUUGGUAGGCUCUCUACCUGAGGCAGCCCAACGGAGGCUGAGAUGUGAUUCAUGGUGUGGACGGAGGACAGGGAGAAAAGUGCCCACAGGCUUCCCACUCUCCAGCACAAAGAUCUGAGCUUCUCUCAACAAAAGCCUAUAUCCCAGGUCUCCCUUCUCCACAAAGAAAUUUCUUGGACCCCCUCCCCCCCCCCCCCAGGAGAUUUAAGUUAGGGCAAAGGCCUCAGAGUGGGUAUCAGUCUCUAUCCUGGGCCCUAGCAUUGUAAAAGUGACACUUGGGUGUCCCCAAUACCUCCCCUCCCUCUCAGCCCACCAGGAACAAGGCUUCCAGGAUGAGGUACCGCUGGAAAAUUCUGCCUCCUGUUCAGAUUAAGUCCUUCAAGGUUUCUGUAGAUCAGGGAGGCACAAGCAGCAUAUCUCGGGGGAAAGGAGGGAGGACAUGUGGCUUCAGUUCGAGACUAUAGAAGCACUUGCACUUCCUCCAGGUAGCUAUCCUGGGUCCCCUGC